AUGUUCACCUUCCGGGCAUUCCAGCGAGCUGCCAAUCAAGCAGCUCGCCGACGCUUCCAACACGGCUCCAAUACUGUUCACGGAUUCGGAAGAGGUCCACAGUUUCAGCCACGGCGACCAGCCUCCUGGGGUCCGAACUCGCGUUACAGGCGGUUUGGCGAUGGAAAUGGGUCUGGGCAGGGACAAGGGCAGGGCCAGCAAUGGAGCAAUUUUGGUCCCGUCUAUCGCAUGCAGUACAUUUGGCGCAAUUACCAGAGACCACUGACUGUGGUUGGGGUGGGCGGUGGGGUGUUCUAUGUCUACAACCUCGAAGAGGUCCCGGUCACUCACCGACGACGCUUUAACAUGAUGUCUCCGGCGGCAGAGAAGGAAUUCUUUGGUGGAGUGGGAAUGUACAACUCUGUACUUCAAGAAUUCCAGGGCAAAAUCCUUCCGGCCGAUCACCCUCUAACAAUUCAAGUCGCCAAAGUGGUUGAAAAGCUACUUCCAACCACGCGCGGUCUGGCAGGCGACGAUUGGCGGGUUCAUGUCAUCAAUGACCCUCGAGAGAAGAAUGCUUUUGUGAUGCCGGGCGGGAAAGUCUUCGUCUUCUCGGGGAUUCUACCUAUUUGCCAGAGCGAGACCGGUCUUGCCGCCGUCUUGGGUCACGAGAUCGCUCACAACGUCGCUCAUCACGCCGCCGAAAGGGCCUCGAGGUCUAGUUUCGUCCUUCUUGCUGCUUGGGCGGUGUCUCUCAUCUUUGACAUUAGCGGCCACACCGGAAGGACUAUCGCCGAAUUGUUACUAUCUCUGCCAAAUUCAAGAACACAAGAAGCCGAGGCCGAUCGCAUUGGCCUUCUCAUGAUGGCUGAAGCUUGCUACGACCCCCGAGGAGCUUUGGAUUUCUGGCAACGCAUGAAGCAAGCAUCAGAAUUUGAACCUCCACAGUUCUUGUCCACCCAUCCGAGCCACUACAACCGUGCCGAGCAGAUCAAGAAGUGGCUUCCAGAUGCCGAGAGAGUAUAUGCUGAUACAGGUUGCGGCACUGCAAGCGGAUAUGAGGACGCGUUCAAGCAGGCUCUCACGUUCCAGGGACCCGGGGGAGAGCGCCAAGCUAGACAGCAGCAACGGCCGAUAAUUGUUGGGAGGAAUGACGACGACGACGAUUUCUUCUGA